CCGGAAGUAAAAUUAACAAGGAAGAAAUUUUGUAAACACAGGAAGCGUGUUUAAUUGCGUUCAAUUACACUUGUACAUCUGUAUUAUCUGGAAAUCCGUUUGUUUAUUACACUACUCAUUUACAUAUCUUAAACUUUGAUCUCGAAGCAGGAAGUGAAAGAUGAGUGCUAUGUAUUCAAGAGCCUUUGAUCAUCUCCAAGAUACACAAAAUGAAAAUGACACGGAUUACACGUAUCAGGAUCCUGAGCUUGACACCAAUCUUAGUUCAUUCAAACGUUCAGGGGUUGGUGGUAGAUCUACUGCCUUCAGGGCUAAAGAACGUGGUAUAACAAAAGACUCACCUACACAUGAUGACAUGGGGCAGGACCACUCAUCACAGUAUAUUGACGUGUUUGACGAUGCACGCAGCAGCAGACGCACACCACAUCAGCAGACUUCCGUACGACAGCGUGAGAGUGAACCAGUUUUAAGACGUGGACACAGAAAUGAGGAUUCAGAGGCCUAUUGUUACGCUUACACACAAAAUGUGUCGAGAGAUGAAGUUACACUCAGGAACACAAAUCUUCCAACACAGAGGUCAGUGUCUUUGAGAGACGAUUACUCACAGCCACAGGAUAGACUGUCAAGUUCCGGAUCCACUCAGGAUUAUAUAGAACCCUACCAAUCAGCAGGGAAAAGACAGAAUGCACCUAUUGUUCAGCCUGAUCCAGGUGGAAUUUAUGAAUUAGCCAAAGAUGUAACAGGAUUGAGAGAAUCUGCACCUCCUGACAAAAGGGGCACUACAAGUGAUCAUUACAAUCAUUUAAAUGAUGUCACAAACAGACUGAAUAGUGCUAACAUUUCUGAUCCAAAACAGUUAGAAGAAAGAUAUGAUCAUGUGCAGUCAUGGUCGAAACGUGUUAUGCCGCUAAAUAGUACUGAUAGUGGUACUGAACAUUACAUAUCGGCGGAGUCGUCACCACAGCGGAAGUGCUCAAACGUUUCUGAUGAAGUAUUUACUUCAAAUUUAGCUAUGAAUAAAACAUCGCCCAAUGUUUACCAAGAUUUGCCAGCAAAUUACGAAGAACCCUGGGAUUCCGAAGAAGGUCAAAAAAAGUUUGACCGUUUAAUGAGCAGGGCAGAAAGAAAACAUGACUCAAGAAAAUCAUUUGAUCAGGCAAAUAACGGAACUUCAAAUAUAAGUGUUGGCCAGUCUGGAAAUAAACUUAACACGGAUAAAGUAUCAGUGAACAAGACUGGAGUUUCUGAGGUAUAUGAAGCUGCGUGGGCAGGCAAGCCAAGUCAAAGGCCUAACCAGCCAGCUCCAGAGCAGCAUAGACGACCAAAUAUUCAGGCAAAUUAUGAAGAUGCAUGGGAUUUACCAGAGAAGCAAAGGGAAUUUGAGGAGAAAUUGUUACAGGCUCGUAAACAAAGGACGAGCCAGGGACAGGUUAGAGAAGAUGAGACUGCCACAACAGGAGACAGUGGGUCACAACCAUUCUCAGGCUUGUCUCCAACUUUCCGUAAAACCGAACCAGAUCGUAUAAUGAGGUCAGAUAGCUGCAGGUCAUUGGGUGCUCUUGCUGAAAAAAUAGACAAAUCUUUACCAUUGGACGAACAAAGUUUUUAUCAUGGUGCUGUAAAGAGGUCAGCAGCUGAACGAACCUUAGUGGUGUUUAAGGAAGGCAGUUACCUGGUGAGGCGAAGCGAGACAAGUAAAAAAGACUUCUCCCUUACUCUCAAAGGCUGGAAUGGACAGCCAAUGCACAUGAAGAUUGCCUGUCGGCCAGACGGAACAUAUAUUUUAGGGGAGAAUAGUCCACCAUUUAAGACAAUACCAGAAAUGGUUGACUACUAUACUACACAUGAACUUCCUGUACAAAAUGCAGACAGGAUUUGUCUGCUGUACCCUAUACCUUCAUGAUGAAAAGGCUUUCUUGCUUCCAUUAUCGUUAACUCCCUUCGUUAUAUUCUUUCUGAUAAAAAAAAAUUCAGUUUUAAAGCAAGCUAAAUGUCAUUUAAUAUUAGGACUGUACAGACAAUGAUUAUUUAGAUAUAUAAAAUUAUGAUAUUAAGGUAAGUAAGAAAUGUUUAGCAGGUGAUAUUAUUUUGCUUAGUUGUGAGAUUUACUGAUUGUCAUGAAUUAUUAAAAUAACGAACUCACUGAGAAGAUUAUCUGUUAUUCCAAGUGACAUUAUCAGUUGUGUUGAGGCAUUCUUAAGAUCAUAUACUAUGUGGAACUAGAACACAAGAGUUGUGUUCAUAAAGAUAUUCUUUUUUGACUUGUGACAAAAAUUAUUAAUUAAUAUUGUGAUAAUAAAUUUUUCUGCUUUUGUAUUGUAGUUAAAUACCAAUGAUGCAUUUGUGUGGUAUAUUUUUAAAUAGAAUAUAUGGGACGAUUUAGCUACCAUGUUUUAUGGAAAAAGACGAGAGUUUUAUAUCAUUAUGCAGAAACUUGAAAACUUGUAGUCAGUGCCAGAUACUGGUAUCUGGCUAUUCUCUUGGGAAGAAAGUUACUGUAUUUAUUAAAGUUCGAAAAAUGAUGCAGAUUUGAACAUAAAUGUUUGUAUAUGAUUUUCCAUCUUUUAUACAAAAAAAAAAAACAAAAACAAAAAAAAACACAAAUAUUGAUGGACAAAAACUGAUAUUGAAAAUAGAAACUAAUGUUACCCUUUAUUUUUGUUCAGGUGGAGAAUGCAUAUUUUUACCUAAGAAGUAAAAAGAGUUCUUUAAAACUUGAUUCCAUGACCUUACAAAAAGCGGCUUAUACAGUAUAAUCAUUUGAUUCUGUGGGCAUAAAUUUUGUAUUUUCUUUUGCUCAGACAGCUGUUUUGUGGAGAUGUGAAUUUGUGAAUUUCAACUUCUUUACAUUACAGGAAGGGAAAUUUUAUUUGUGUGUUGGGAUUUAGUUUUGUGGAUUAACUCAUCCACAAAAAUUAGUCCCCCAUGAAUAUUCAUGAUUUCGUAGUAUUGUUGCUUAUGUCAUACCAGUUAAGUAUUUGAUAUUGUUUUAAGUAGAUUGCUGUCUUCCAUGUUAGAUAUGACACCAUUAAUUUACAGUUGCCAAAAAAAUGCCCCCAGAAAUUUUUAAAGACCCGGUUUGUUUGGACUGCUUGACAAGUGUGAUAGUACCGAGAUGCCAAAUGAUAGCUUUAAGUUAUAAUGUUUCAGCUCAUAUUUUGUUGCUGUUUAAUAUUUGAAGGUUUACAUGAUGAAUGUGGUGUAUAUACAAUUUUUUUUAUUUCAACAUUGUAUGUUUUUUAUUUUCUAUGAUUAUGUGAGGUUUUUCCAUUUCAUUCUCCACCAAUUUGUCGUCUCUGACAAUCAUUUGUAAAAAUGUAAAUGUUAUUUUGACUUCAUAUUUGAUUAUGUAUGAUAGACUGUUAUAGUGAAAGAAAUCCCCAGUUAUUGGUUUUUCUUCUCUGAAUUAACCUGGUUAGUUUGUUCAGUUUGGAGAGCAUGACUGUAAAAAAUCUGUUGUGUAGUUUUAAGUAUUUUAGGAUUAUAUUCAAUCACCAAUUUCAUAAAAGUUCACCUGUAUUCUACUUUGGUUGAACGUUAGUUUUUUACUGCUGUUUUGAUACACAAACACACACCAAAAUAUGUUAUGUCUGUGUAUAUUUUGAUAAUUCCGUGUAAAUAUGUUACCGAAUUCGUUUCUAGAAAAUUGAAAAUUAGAAAAAAAAAAUUAUGUUACCACAUUAAUUUCAUCUUUAGAAAAUAGGAAAGGACCAAAAAAAAAAGAAAACUGAAAGUGACUAACUAUCUGCCCUCCUACUUCACACUCUGUCCUCAUGUAAAUAUAGGUUAUGUUUACAUGGAUUAUGUUGUAUACAUGUAGCUGGUGUUACGUAAUACAAGCUAAAUGAUGUCAUUUACUUAACAAAUAUAUCAGUUACGUUGUUUGCCAGCUUUUAGGUAAUAAUUAGUAAAAUAUUAAUCAGAAUUUUUGUUUUUCUGAGAUUGCAUAAUUAAGACAUUAGCUUUAGACUUUAGCACUAUCCGUCCAGUUCUUUAAACUUUUUUUUGUUUUAUUUGGCAGAGUGGCAAGUUGAGUGCCUUUGACCAUCUUAACGAUUGAUCAUAAUGAAUAAACUGAACUCAAACGAUACAAUGUUGUUUAGCAUCAAGUAGAAUCAAGAGUUAAAGACAAAAGGAAUCUUUUUUUUUUUCUUCUUUACACACCUAGAUGUUUAAUUUAUUUUGAUAGUUCUUUGUAUUUUAUUGUGAUGAUAUUGAGGCUGAGAAAAGUUAGACCAUCAGGUAUAUAGACUACACAGGUUUGAUGCUCAGGUGUUUGUUUGUUUGUUUUGGGUUUAACGCCGUUUUCAACAGUAUUUCAGUCAUGUAACGGCGGGCAGUUAACCUAACCAGUGUUCCUGGAUUCUGUACCAGUACAAACUGUUCUCCACAAGUAACUGCCAACUUCCCCACAUGAAUCAGAGGUGGAGGACUAAUGAUUUCAGACACAAUGUCGUUUAUCAAAUAGUCACGGAGAACAUACGCCCCGCCCGAGGAUCGAACUCGCGAUCCGUAGACCGACGCUCUACCUACUGAGCUAAGCGGGCUGUGAUGCUCAGGUGUACAAAUGGGACCAAUUUCUCUUUGUGCUACAGUUUUUACUCUUUCCAAAUGUUCACUCGUGUAAGAUACUUUAGCUUUCAAUGCAUAUUUACAUUUAUCAGUGAUAAUUCACGUGCUGAGAUUAUUGUUCAUUUGUUAAUCUGUUAUAUAUUUUUGUACAUUCAUUAACCUUUACCCUGCUAAAUUUCUAAAAUGGACUGGUCCAUCAUUCAAUUUGGGCAGUACUACUUAUUAUUCAAAGGGGUGUUCACUGAAAUUUGAAAAUAGUGAACAGUGCAGUCUAUCUGUGCAGGCUGAGCUUGCAAAUCUUUUCCCACUGGUGGGCUUAAAGAUUACAACCAAAGGGCCUACCUUUAAUUCAUCUGUCACAGAUGAUCUGUUUAGCUCAGGUCUUUUAAAAUAUAUAAGAUACUCCAUAUGGCAACUUGUUCAUAAUUUGGGUAAAAAAACAUGAAUGCUUUCACUUACAAAGUUUCAUCUGAUUUGGAGAAAAUAACAAGAAGUAAUUAAGUAUUAUAAAACAACUUACAUGAUUCUUUCAUCAUUUUAAGUAUCUGGGAUAUUUUACUCCUUAUAAAUCAUUGUUCUAAACAAAGAUCUUUCUCAACAAAAUUCCUUUUGUCAGUAAGUUGGUAAACUAAGGCAGUUCUCACGAAAUACAUUAGCCUGGGAAUCCAGUCUGACAAUUUCUAACCUUUUUUCUACCUGCAAAUAGACAGCCUGGGGAAACCUGUUUUCCGACCGAAGCGCCACCUAUAUUACACCCGAAAUAUGCGGGCGUUUAAUAAAGAACGAUAACUUCUGAAAGCAAUAAUCCAUGGCUAAAAAUAGAAACGGAAUUCUCAUGGAAAAAUCAGAUCGGAAUCGUGUACUUCCGAAGGUUUCCGAACAUUUCCGAGCCAUUGACAAAUACCAGUUUGUACCUCCCAUAGCUUUUCCAGCAAGUUGUAAUAACUUUUAAAUAUGUCAGUAUAAACUUUAAAUUUGCGUCAUAGCUAUCAAGAUGUUAUUUUAAUGCAGACCUAGUGAUCUACGAAAAUUGUCGAAAUUUCGGCAGCAUUGCCUCGUUUUCGAUUCAAACAAGCGCAAAUAUGAUCACAUGUUAAUUAGGCUAAUUAUAGAAAAUCGAUAAUCAGUAGUAACAUGGAAACUCCUUCAGAUUUCCCCAGGCGUUGAUAAUAUCAGAAACUCCAUGAUGUUUUUAAUGCAUAAAUAUUAGGUAUGAUUUCUUCUGACAAAGCACAAAUAUUAUCAACGGUUUCCCAGGCUAGAAAUACAUGUAAAAUACAUGAUAUCAAAUCAUUAAAUGUAUAGAGGACUAGAUUUUUACAGCUAAAAAUGCAGUUAAGUUGCCUUAAAGAAAAUUUCUGCUACAAAUUGUAACAAUGGGCCUAUACUAAAUGUCUGUUUUACUAAGGCAGACAAUUUAUAUAAAAUAAUUUGUAUUUUUUUUUUGUAUGUUUUUUUUUUCCAUUAAAUUUUUUUUUGGUUUAUUGUUAAAGAUCAUGUUGUGUGCAGAGACCUGCACUCUAAAUUUGUUUUGUGUAUUUAAGCUUCUUUUAAAUAAUUAUAUAUAGUUUUUGAUAAAGUUCUUGAGCUGUGUUCUGUAAAAAGUGUUAUUUUGUUGAUAUUUUGAUAUUAUGUUUAUGUCAGUGUUUAAAUCUGUUACGGAAGUCUUAAUAGAUAUUUUAAUGAGGCAAUUUUAUAUUUAAUGUUUGAAGAUGUUGUACAUCCUGUCUGCAUUUGAAAAGAAAAUACUAGUGGUUUUGUUUUUAUACAGUGGUGCUUUUAGCUCACCUUGAAGUGCUCAGGGUUAUCUAUUUUGAUCACUUACCAUCCAUCCAUCCACACUUUUCUUAAAUGACAUCUCGGAAACUGUUUGAUGGAAGUUGAUGAAACUUGGUCUGGAUGUUCAUUGCAGGUAGCAUUGUUUAAUAGUCCUUUACCAAAAUUGUUCAAAUCAUGUCCCUUAGGUCAAAAUUAGCCUUGCCUGGGGUUUUCUUGAUUUGAUAAGAUUAAAACGAAGGAAAUAAAACGGGCCUAAAUUCUUAAUUGAACACUGGUCAGAAGUCUGAAAUAUAUAUAUACUGUCCAAUUUAUAAGCCAUACAGUUUGACCCCAAUCCCACUUGGUGGCUGUCCAUCUGAUCAGUGGUCACCUGGUUUAAGCAGCCAAAUUGUCUGUUUCCCCUGGCUGGCUGCUUAAAACAGAAUAGACUAUAUUUAUUAUAAAUAUUCUUCUCUAAAACAGCAAUGCCCAGAACUUAAGAUAUUAAAUUUUGGCUUGCAGCAUUUUGUAGUAAUCUUCUACCAAGUUUGUUAAAAUUCUGCCCCUGGUGUCAAAGUGGCCCCACCCAUGAGGUCACUUGGCUUUCUGUCUAAAACCUCAAGGCCUAAACCUUAUGUGGUUGGCAUAUAGCAUUGUGUAGAGGUUCUCUAACAAGAAAUCAUGUCCCAGUUGAGUCAGGUGAGUGAUACAAGGCCAACAUGGCCCUCUUGUUUACCUUUUGUAUAUGCUGUAGUAGGGCUAAGUGAUUGAGGAAAAAAUUUAAUUGACGUGUUUUUCCCGCCAGUCUAAGUGGCCUUUGUUGCCGACUGAUAAGGUCUCCGACUUCAAAAUAUUUGUCCUACAACACUGUGGGUUUGAGUCUUGCUUGGAUCAUCAUGUUAGGAAGGUACCAGCCAUCUUGUGUUAGGUCGAUGGUUAUUCUCAGGUGCCUGGCCAUGCCUUAAUUAAUGAUUUGAGACUUAUCUUGGUUCCUCCUCAGACUUUAAAGCUGGAAAAUCGCCUUAUUUUGUUGAUUAGACUUACAAAUCCACCAGGUUAUCUUGCUGGGGCUGUUUGGCAAACAGUACCAGUCAUUGUGAUAAUCACAUUUCUUACCUCUGAAAUUACUUCCUUUAUUAACAGAUAUUGAUUAACACUUGUGAUAAAAUAUAUCUGACUUUAAAAAAAUCUUACCUCCAGAUUUAUUACAGAAAUAUUUAAACUGAGAGGCACUUUUAAGAUGUUUUAUGCUGUUAAUAUUAACAAAACUGUUUGACAGCCUGUAAAUUAUGUAAAAAUCCCCGGACUUUAUUGAUUAUGGAAUAUAAAUGUCACCCCAUAAAACAGUAGUAAUUUUAACUGUAUGUAAAUGUAUUCAUUUAGAUAUGUUCUAAACAUUUCUAUCCAUUUUGAUAAUAUUUCAAAGUAAAGCUAGUUGCAGGCAGUUAGCUCCUAUGUAAGAGGUUCAAAGUAACAUUUGACAAGAGUGAGUAUGUUAUUAGAAUGCAUUUCCCACAUACAAGACUUAGUAUGUCUUCUAUUGUGAAUCCAAGACAUGGGCCUUCACACUUAGAAUUUUUAUGUACUUUUAUAUGUAUUGUAUAAUAAAUAUGUUAUUUUGUUGAAUUAUAUACAUAUACUGUCUACUAACUUCCAUUAAGUGGAAAAUAAAUUGUUUACUCUAACAAUUUCUGUUUGCUUAUUUACUGUUGUUUCAAUCUUCUACUAGUAUGAAUAAAACUUGCAGUACCUAAAUAAAAUUUAAACAAUA